ACUUAGGGGAAAAUACUGAAACAUAACACAAAAUAUCGGGCAUCUGUGCAAAAGCACGCGCACGAUAUUCCCUUUUUGUUGCGUGCAGUUUCCGCUAUCAUGCGCAUUAUCCUAAACGAAUAAAGUCUCCGAUCACCUCUCUCUCUCUCUCACUCUUUCUCAAAGUGUCCAGUCACGGGAAGUUAUCUCUCACACAACAUGAAGCAAUUCUGGAGCCCAAACAGUAUCAACAAGAACAAAGCUAUGGUGGAGAAUCUUCAAAGCCAUGGUGUGAUUACCUCUGACGAGGUCGCUAAAGCUAUGGAGGCUGUCGACAGAGGCCUCUUUGUACCAGACCGUUCCUAUGCUUACGUCGACAGUCCCUUGUCUAUUGGCUACAACGUCACCAUAUCAGCUCCUCACAUGCACGCAAUGUGCCUUGAGCUCCUCGAAAAGAAUCUGAAACCAGGGAUGCGUGUUCUUGAUGUCGGCUCUGGAACCGGGUACUUAACAGCUUGCUUUGCGUUUAUGGUUGGUUCCGAAGGUCGUGCUAUUGGUGUGGAGCACAUCCCUGAAUUGGUGGCUUCUUCCAUCAAGAACAUUGAAGCGAGUGCUGCUGCUUCGCCAUUGCUGAAACAAGGAUCUCUGGCUAUUCAUGUUGGAGAUGGAAGGCAAGGAUGGGGUGAGUUUGCACCUUAUGAUGCUAUUCAUGUGGGAGCAGCGGCACCGGAGAUCCCAGAGGCAUUGAUUGAUCAAUUGAAACCUGGUGGGAGACUGGUGAUCCCGGUUGGCAACUUAUUCCAAGAUCUGCAAGUGGUGGAUAAGAACUCUGAUGGUUCGGUUAGCAUCAGGAGCGAAACAUCAGUUCGUUAUGUUCCUUUAACUAGCCGUGAAGCCCAAUUGAGAGGCGAGUGAUGAUUUGCUUGUUAUACAGUACAAUGGAUCAUGUAUGCUUCACUUGGUUUUAUAAAUCAACCUUGUUACUAGAGAACAUAAAUCUCGAGGAUGUCUUUGCUUGUUAGAGUUUCAAAUGGGUAAACAUGUUUAUUGUUGAACAUAAAUAAUAGUAAGUGUUUAUUAAGGGUAA